CCUCGAUCGAGUCUGACGCCAAUUGCACAAAUCAUGCUUGAAGUUAAGCUUGUCUUGGCAUUGUUCGUCUUCAGCUCGAAGCUAGGGCCGCUGCUGAUAAGGGCAGACCUGUACUUCAUAGGUCAUAUUAUCCCAUUUGAUUUGUUGCUUUUCCGUCACCACCUCCGAGGCUACCUUACAGAUGCUAGGAUAGAGUGGAAGAUGAAGUUGCAUAUGGGACCCCGCCUGCUAGGGAGUCCAGUUGCCUGGCCCUCGAGGUUUUUGAUCAGGAUCGACUGGCAGUUGCAUGGGCAUGUAAAAGUACUUAUACAUAUAUAUAUAUUUCCCUGGGGCCCAUCCUCGCUCUUGCCUUGCGCCUAGAGGACAUCACGUCGCGUGACAGCUGCCCGGCAGGAUCGAUCCAAGAUAAUUUAUGCGCGAGGAGACAAGACGUCACUCUCUCGAGGACCACAUUG